UCUCAGACAACACACGGAAACAAAAUGUCGGCUGACUCAGGGCGGGGCGGUGAAAGGUCAGAGGUCGGAGCCUCGCUUUCACGCGGGCUCACCUGGCGGAACCCGGAAGUGGUGGGACCCGGAAGUUUGUUGGUGCGCAGUUUGAUCCUCAGGGACACUGAACCAUGCUGGGACACAGUUGCUGCCUCUUUGGCCUCUUGGUUGCCAUGACAACCAUGAGGAGCUCUACAUCACAAGAGUCCACCCCAUUGGCUGACAUCAACAGUGAGUUUGCCCUGGAGCUGUACAAGGCGCUCCACAAGGAUCAUCCCGAGAACAUCUUUUUCUCACCCUUCAGUAUCUCCACCUGUCUGGCCAUGACUUACCUGGGGGCAAGGAACGAUACAGCACAACAGAUGAGUCGAGUGCUUCGCUUCCACAAGAUGGACGCCUCCGACCUUCACAUGCUGUUCCACGACCUUCUGACCCAGCUGCAUCACUCCGACAGGCCCUACAUACUCAAGACCGCCAACCGGCUCUUUGGUCAGAACUCUUUUGAGUUUGUGCAAAAAUUUCUAGAUGAAACAUCCAGACAUUACAGGGCACAGUUGGCUCCUGUGGACUUCCAUGGAAACACAGAGGGAGCACGGCAAACUAUCAACAGCUGGGUGGAGGAACAGACAGAGAACAAAAUACAAGAUCUUUUAGCACCAGGAACUGUGAGCCCUAGCACCAUGUUAGUGCUGGUCAACGCCAUCUACUUCAAGGGCAGCUGGGAAAGUAAGUUUGAGGAGUCGCGUACGAGACUCGGUACCUUCCACGUCAGCCGUGACGAGAAGGUGGAAGUACCCAUGAUGCAUCAGCAGGGCCGGUUCAAACUCACCUACGACGAGGACCUCAACUGCCAAAUCCUGGAGAUGCCUUACAGAGGCAAACACCUGAGCAUGGUGGUGGUGUUGCCGGAAAAGAUGGACGAUUUGAGCGUCGUCGAGACGUCUUUAACGCCAGACUUACUCCGUCGCUGGCGGAAGUCCAUGAGCGAGGAAUCCACAAUGGUGCAAAUCCCUAAGUUCAAACUUGUCCAGGAUUUCUCCUUGAAUGAGAAGCUGGCAGAGAUGGGGAUGACGGACCUGUUCAGUAUGGCGGACGCCGACCUGUCCGGGAUCACGGGAUCGCGUGACCUUCACGUCAGCCACGUCAUACACAAGGCGUUUGUGGAGGUCAACGAGGAGGGCAGCGAGGCCGCGGCAGCGACGGCGGUGAACAUGAUGAAACGGUCCCUGGGCGGGGAGAUGUUCUUCGCGGACCAUCCCUUCCUGUUCCUCAUCAGGGACAAUGACUCCAACUCUGUCUUGUUUCUGGGGCGACUUGUGCGACCAGAAGGACACACUACAAAAGAUGAACUGUGAAUCUAAAAAUGCAUGUUUGUAUUUCAAAAGAUUAUCUUUAUUGUAUCAAAGUCAGACUUUGGAGCUUCUACUGAAUUAGUUUUUGUUAUGAUAAUCAAUUUAUGUGCAACAUGCGCAUUGUAAGGAUCCUCUGUAGUAUUUCUGUGCAUGUGUUACCAUGCAUAUGACAAUCUCCGAGACGACAUACUGGAAAGACUUGAAAGUUGAUGAAAAGGAAGCAACAUUGUAGUAAUAGGAAGGCUGUAAUGAUUGUGUAACCAAAUGCAAAAUGGAAAAGUAUCAUAUCAACACCCAAUAAAAGACACAACAUUUUCU